AUGUUAGCGGUGCCAAUCGUUUUCGGAAUAGUUUUCCUGUUCCAAUCGGAAACGCCUGUUUAUAUGAUCAGGAAAGGAAAAGUCGAUAAGAUACCGAAAGCAUAUAAAAAAUUUCGAGGAAAAGACUACGAUCCCUCCGAAGAGAUCAAAACCAUACAAGAGCAAAUGGCCUCAGAAGCGGAGAGUGCUGGAUUUUGGGAGACCCUGAAGACCAAGGCCGCUAUAAAAGCAACGCUGAUCUGCUUCAUGCUGAUGUUCUACCAGCAAUUGUCCGGCAUCAACGCCGUCAUCUUUUAUGCGAAGGAAAUUUUCACGUCCGCCGGAUCUAGCUUAGAGGCACAUUGGUGCGUUAUCAUCAUCGGUAUCGUCCAAGUGAUCGCCACAGUGUUCUCCUCGUGGUCCAUUGAGUUGCUCGGAAGAAAAAUUCUGCUGAUGGCAUCAUGCGCCUUAAUGGCCCUAUCUACCGCUCUAUUAGGAUUGUUUUUCUCUCUGAAGAACUACGAGGCUCUCGAUAAAUAUGGAAUUCAAGAUAUAGGCUUCCUCCCCAUCCUCUCUCUUAUAAUAUUCAUCAUAGCGUUCUCGAUCGGACUGGGACCUAUACCAUGGCUGGCUUCCUCGGAAAUAUUUCCUCCGGAGAUUAAAGCAAAAUGUGGUUCGGCCGCUGCCGUGUUCAACUGGUUUCUGGCCUUUAUCGUAACAAAAUUCUAUUUGAACGUGGCGUCAGCCAUCGGUAACGACAUUACCUUUUACUUUUUCGCUAUUGUGAUGGUAACUGGAAUAUUUUUCGUACUAUUUAUAAUUCCAGAAACUAAAAACAAAACUUUCGCAGAAAUACAGAGCGAACUCUCAGGAAAAUAA